AUGACAACGAUAACAAUCACCAUCUUAAUUUUGGCUUUAACGUCAGUUUAUGGAUACCAUGAUCCUGACCUCAACUACCAUUUGAGUCAAGUGCAGAAACUUCAAGGUUGUGAUGACAGUGGGUACUCAUAUCCGGCACCCACCGUACAAUUGACUACCGGCGGAGUAAAACUUGCUGCGAAACCGAUUAUUUCAUCUCCCUCUUAUCAAUACUCUGGAUACGCCGCUGGGUCUGCAUAUCAAGCUAUUGCACCACAGACCACUUAUAUAGCGCAACAACCUGCAACUUAUCAAACUUCACCUCUUCUAUCACAAUCUAAUUAUGUUACUGCAUCAGCAUCUAAAGAAGUGCAUGGGUAUGCCACCUCCGCUGGAUUAUCAUCAGUAGAUUCACGACCGAGGACUGUUAUACCACAAGCGACUUACGCUCAAGCACCGAUCCUUGCCAAAGUGACCGCUGCUCCACUUAUUGCAAGAUUUUCAGUGGCACCUGCUAAAACAACUUACGUAUCUCAAAACUAUGAAUCACAAACGACUGGAUCAGCACGAGCAUCUCUCAAUUCUUAUGGUACAGUGCAAACUGGAGGACCUGUUGUGUCCCAAGUAAUCGCAGCUCCAUCUGCUACCUACGACAUUUCAGCGACUUUAAAAUCAAGGCAACCACAAGUAUUCACACCUGCAGCAUCGGCUGCUCCACAAUACGCCCAAGUGAGACCUGUCCAAGUCCUGUCUCCCGUAACUCAAUACACCUCUAACGCAAAUCAAUAUACGCAAUCUUCGAUUUCAAAUUCUGUAAGUGGAGCACAAUACUUCAGUCCCGCUAUAACUCAAUAUAAUGCUCCAGCUGUUGCUCAAUAUUCAUCACAGAAUGUAUCACCUUUUGCGCACUAUGCCUCACCAGCUAUACCUCAAGUACAAUAUGGAGCGCCGACUGUAACCCAAUACUCUGCACCGUCAGUCACUCAAUAUUCAGCACCAGCAGUCACUCAAUAUUCCGCACCCGCAACCGCUCAUUACUCCGCAUCGGCAGUAACUCAAUACGCCUCACCGGCAGUGGCUCAAUACUCCACACCGACAGUGACUCAAUACUCCGCACCUGCAGUGACUCAAUAUUCCACACCGACAGUGACUCGAUAUUCCACACCGACAGUGACUCAAUACUCCGCACCUGCAGUGACUAAAUACUCAGCACCAGCAGUUACUCAUUACUCCGCACCGGCAGUCACUCAAUACUCCGCACCGGCAGUUGCUCAGUAUGCUGCGCCCGCUGUCGCUCAAUACUCAGCAAUAACUCAACAUAGUGCUACCGGAGCAGGUGUACAAUUCGCCACAUCAAACGUCGGCCUGAGUCAACACAGGGUUCAAGUGGCACCAGUGGUAGCGCCGGUUGCAGUCUCUGCACCUGUGCAUCGCAUUGCUUCCGCCCCGGUACCAGUUAAGAACGUACACACAGAAUUUCUGGAGAAUUAUGAUGCUCAUCCGAGGUAUGCUUACGAGUACGGUGUCAAUGACCCUCACACUGGUGACAUUAAACAGCAGAAAGAAGAACGAGACGGCGAAGUUGUGAAAGGUCAGUACUCGCUGGUGGAGCCCGACGGCUCCGUACGGACGGUGGACUACGUGGCCGAUUGGGAGACCGGUUUCCAUGCAGACGUUCGCAAUAGCAAAGACAAACGCCAAUAG